CCCAAGUCAAGUUCACACCUACUCUCUUCUGUAUAUACGGCGCUGUAAUCCACCAGAGACAUACAAUGCCUCCACGAAAAAGUGACGCCUCUAAAGUAGCGACAGCCGACGAGGCCACGCCUGCGAAAGAACAGCCAGCCUUGAGAGAUGGCAUAAACAUUGAGGACCUGAAUCUACCAAAAAGUAUAGUGACAAGGCUGGCAAAAGGUGUUCUGCCACCCAAUACCCAAGUCCAAGGAAAUGCUAUGCUAGCAACGACCAAGAGCGCGACAGUUUUCGUCAAUUACCUAGCUACGCACGCAAACGAACAUGCCUCUGCUAGCAACAGGAAAACGAUCAACCCACAGGAUGUCUUCAUGGCAUUAGAAGACCUCGAGUUUCCCGACUUCAGGAAUAGGCUGGAAGCCGAGCUUGCGAAAUUCAACGAAGUGCAAACGGAUAAGAGGAACGCAUAUCGCAGUAAAGUCGCGAACAAAGCCGCGGGAUCAGGAGAGCAGGGCGAAGACAACACACAGGAAGAUAGAGACGGAAGGCCCGCUGCGAAGAAGGCUAGGUUAGAAGGUGGGGAGGAAGCGCCGAGUGCCGAGGGCGAGGAGGAGAUCGAUCCGGAUGAGACACAGGAUGCGGAUCAGACGGAGGAUGAUGAGGAUGCACAGGAUGAAGAGGACGAGGAAGACGGAGAUGAUGAGCAGAUUGAAGCGGAAGAGCAGUUGGAGGAUAUGGAAACGAGGGAAGUGGAGGACGAGGCGCUCGAUAAUGGAGAGGAUAGUGAUUGAUUGGAAAGCAGAGGGAUUGUUUUGAUAUGUUAGGCUAUUGGUGCAUUGGGUGGGGUGGAGUUUGGGAAGGUAUGGAGUCAUAUAUGUCUGGACGACUAUAUGAAUGAUACCUGGCGUUCACGAAGCAUCCAGAUCCUGGAUCGGCACCUCGAGCUUGAAAGGUUGUCGAUUAUUAGGGCUCCACUGUCACGGGUGCAAGAAAAUCAGCUGGGUCAAGGAGUGGAGUAGCCAUGCCACAGAUAUCACUCCUGAGAUGGGGAUCAUCUAUCCGGCACAUUGACUUAUAGCUCUCGACAUCUUCACCUGGAAUCUGAAUCCGGGCUAAGACUUCUCUCCGAAUCACAAUCUAAGCAACCCUCCCUCAACCUCCAGUUCUUUCUCAUCUCCUUCCCCCAUCCUUAUAAUCUUCUCUCAACGUUUUAUCCACCUCCCACUCACGCUACUCUCUAACCUGAGCUGUCUCCUUCUCGACGUUCUCAAUUUCUUUCACCACUCUCCUUCCAACACUCCGGUUCCUCUUUUAGCUCGGACCGUUUUCGUGGAUAAUGAGAAGUUUCUGUGAAGACAGUAUAUCCAGCUUUUGAUCUUGACACAGGUCUAGUCUUACACCAGCUCAGCUGCGGAUAGAAAGAGCCUCGAAAGGACAUUCUACUCUGCUCGCUUUGCUAGUACUCAAGUCGGAGUUGGUACGGGAAAUGAAUUGUCAGCUUCUCACGUAUUGAACAUUUUGGACCGAGAGAGAGAGGAGAGGCAGGAGAUAAGAGAUAAGAGAUGUUAUCAGAAAGGUAUCAGUGUAGGUGUUAUAUUCUAUUGCUGGAAGUCCUUAAGCAUUGACUUGCAGCUAGAUCUCGGCGAGUGAUUGUGGGGUUUUCCAUCAUGAACGAUCUCAGAUUGGAUUGUGCUGGGAAGUAAAGAGAAGUUGGAAACUUACAUACGGACCCGAAGAGGAAAUCUUUCCGCUUUUUCAAGACAUACUUAUACGGACAAAAAGAGAGGUAAAAUUACGAGGCCAUCGCUGGCGUAGUCUCCUAUUCUGGCCUGUAAUAAGUACAGAAAAAACGGGACACUCGGAAGGGAAGAAAUGCAGUUUCCAAAUUUCUUAUAUACUCCCGUCUUAUCACUGUCACACCCAGGUGCAUCCUCCAAUUCCAACUCUUCGUACAUCGUUUUUGU